AUGAUUCAUGCCUACUGGUUGAAGAAGCUGACUGCACUCCUUGAGUGUAUGGCAGAAUGGCUAACUGAAGGUUGGACUGUCCAGAUCCCUAAGGAUCCCCAGAAGAGACCCUCACCAUCUAACGACUGGCCAAUAACCUGCCUCAGUACCACAUGGAAGCUCCUGCAACAUGUAGAAGAUGUGACCACUACGACUGAGAAGAAUGAGAUUGUGAACAAGCACAAUACUCUGAGGGGGAAUGUUCAGCCUACUGCGAGCAACAUGUUGAAGAUGAACUGGAACAAUGAGUCUGAAGCCACUGCUCAGAGAUGGGCUAACACCUGCUCCAUGAAGCAUAGUCCUGCCAGCGACAGAGUGAUCAGCACCAGCGGCUGUGGGGAAAAUCUGUACAUGUCCAGCUUUCAGAACACCUGGAGCAACGCAAUCCAGUCCUGGUAUGACGAGGUGAAGGACUUCAGCUAUGGCGUGGGAUCUAUCAAUGGAGGAGUGGUGGGACACUACACACAGGUUGUUUGGUACAGGUCUAAUCAGAUCGGCUGUGCUAUGGCCUACUGUCCCAACUCUGCUUACAAGUACUUCUACGUCUGCCAUUACUGCCCACCUGGAAACUACCAGUUAACCCAACCCUACAAGAAAGGACCCUCCUGCGGUGACUGUCCCAACGCCUGUGAAAACAACCUGUGCACCAACCCCUGUCCCUUCUCUGAUAAGUACAGUAACUGUCCCCAGCUGAAGCAGCAGUGGGGCUGCAACAACCCAACUGUUGCCUCUUGGUGCCCCGCCUCCUGUAAAUGCACCAAUCAGAUUAUCUAA